AAUUAUUCAUACGCAGACGGUCUGACUGCACGGAUCGAGCCAAAAUAAAAAACAGAGGUUCCAAACAAUUGAUGGACAAAGGAAUAAAAAAAGUGUUAAAUAUUAUUCUUAAAACAAUCUAACAACAAACUAAAAAGAGUUGAACAUAAUCAAAAAUACAAAUAUUUUUGAAAUAUUAUACAUGUAUAUAUUUUUUAGCUGUAUAUAGACAGCUGAUUGGGAGAAGUGCAAAAAGUUCACAUGGUGAAAUAGCUAAUUAAUAACAAUGAAUAUUUUGUGAAAAUGAUUUGCACAAUCAAUAAAUAGCCAAUCAAAUAAACAUUAUAAAUAAAAAACAACAACAACGUACGCAAACUGAAAUAGUCUAUAAAUAUUAAUUUAAACAUUUUAAAGGAUUGCCCAAAAAGUUAUCGAAAAUUAAAUUUGAUUUAAAUCUACAAUCUACACUAUGCAGCAGCAUAGAUUGAAAUAAUUAAAGGAUAUAAAGGAAAUACUGCAACAAAAAUUGACAUUAAUUAAUAAUUACACAAAGUGCAACAACAAGUUAACAAAACGGCAACAAUUAGUGCGCAACGCUGCAAAUCUAUGAGUUUUGUAAGCCAAAGGACUACGAACAUUGAGUUUCAAUUGCUGCCGAACAGAUAACAAUUAAGAAAAGUGUGUGUUUAUUUUAAGGCCAAUUAGCGCGUUUCGUUUCGAUUCGAGUCAAGUUUUGCUGAAGAAUAAAGUCAAAGAGAUGGCCAAGUACUAUAUGACCCUGGCUCUGCUCCUCUGCCUGGCCUUGGAGAACAACAACAUCUAUGCGCGCUCACAUCCCAGCGGCUCGGACGAGGCGGGUAGCCUGCCCUUGGUGCGCGCUCAUCCCCAUUCGAGGCAUCAGCCGCAUCAGCACUCGCAGCAGCUGCAGCAUCAGCACGUUCAGCAGCUGCAGCAGCAUCAUACACGCCAGCAGCGCGAUCGCCAACCGAAACGCAUCGCGCCGGAUCCGACCAGCGAGGAGGAGGAACUGAAUCAGCUGCACUACGAGCAGCGACUGAGGCGACAUCUGCGCAGGCAGCGGGAGCAUCAGCUGGAGCAGGAGCGCAGCUAUCAUCGCGUCUCUGCCACACAGCUGAAAACCAGUCCCAAUCUGUGGCAGCUGCUCAGCCAGGGCUAUCAGUUCGACGACAAGGAGGAGCAACAGGACCAAGCUCAGGACCAAAACCAGGACCACCCCGAGCUGUUUCCGCCCAUGUUCAAUGACGCGCCCGCUGAUGACCUGAUGCAGCAUGAGGAUCCACAGGAUUACAUUCGCAACGAGCUGCAGCAGAGCCUGGCUGAGCCAGCGCCGCCAAUUGUGCUGGACGAUUCCGCUACGGCUCAUAGUGCCAGCAGCCAUACGAACGGCACCGCCUCGCGUGGCUGUCCCAAGUGCGAGAGCAAUCGCCAGGUGGAGCACAUCACGGAAGAAGAGCUGCGUCGCCUUCGUAUCGAAUUUGUGAAGCAGCAAAUUCUUGAGAAGCUGCGCCUCAAGGAGAGCCCCAAUGUGUCCGCCGUUGAGCUGCCACGCCCCAUUUUCGAGGGAGUCACUCUGCAGAAUUCAGAAGAGUCCACUAAGAACAAGGACUACGAUGAUUAUUAUGCGCGCACCAAUCAGAAAUUUAUACUCCUCCAAAGAGAAGAAACCGAAUGCAGUCGCCUGGGCGCACAUCCCUCGAUGUGCUUUAGCUUUAAGAUCGACGAUAUGGAUUCGGACGGCUUCGAUGUGAGCAGCGCAGUGCUGUGGCUCUACAAGAACAAGCAGAACUUCACCAAGUCUAGAAACGAGAGCCAGUCGAACGGGCACCAGCAGAAGCAACAGACCCUGGUGGUAUCCGAGGUGGAGCAGCAGCUCGACUCCAAAUAUUUGCCCUUGGCCAAGACCAUAGCCAUACAGUCGGUGGAUGUGCAAGACGAAUGGAUGAAAAUUAACAUUGAGUGGCCAAUCAAGCGCUGGUUUGGCAAUCACGAUCUCAGCCAUCUGAUACAGAUCACCUGUGAGUCGUGCGAUAUUGCGAGCAUGGAGGAGAUCAUCUCGGUGAACAAGAACUACAGACCGUUCAUAAUGAUCGACACGCAGAAUCGACGCAGUAAAUCACGACAGAAGCGCAAUAUCAACUGCUCGAGCGGCGUCACCGAAUGCUGUCGGGAAAAACUCUAUAUAUCAUUCGCCGACAUCGGCUGGGACAACUGGAUAUUGCAGCCCAAGGGCUAUGAUGCCUACUUCUGCCGCGGCUCCUGCAGUUCCGUGGCGAGCGUUGCUCAAGCAGCAUCGCAUCACAGCUCAUUGCUGAAAAUCCUUUCAACAAAUGGUACACGCAAACCGCUGGAUCUGAUACCCUGCUGUACCGCCAAACAGUAUUCCUCAUUGCAGUUGGUCGUGCUGGAUUCCAGCAACUCAGCAACAAUCAAGACCUUGCCCAACAUGGUCGUUGAGUCAUGCGGCUGCAGAUAGUUACCAAGCAAAGGCUACUCUAAUUCCCUCUCUAUCUAUCUAUAUAUAGGUUCAUUUCAAAAUGAACAGACAAAUUAAUAGUAGUUCACACACACACACAUACACACACACACACACAUCGUAGUUUAGUUGUAAUUUAAAUUCAUUUUUCAAUUCAUCGGCAUUCGUCGUAAUUUAAAUAAUUUAAACACGCUGCCAUUAGCCGUAGUCGCAAUUAGUUAAUUUGAGUUGAAGCUGUAAGCAUAUGUACUUAAGCGCUCGAACUAUGCCUAAUCAAACACUAAUUAUAUUUAAUUAGCCAAUAAUUACAUGCAUCAAUCGUCAAUCAGUCAAUCAUCGAGAGUUCAUCUAAUAUGUACUUACUUUUGUCUAAUGUGUUUUUGUUGUCUUUUUUUUCUUAAGUAAUUGAAAAACAUUAGUAAAAUAAAUAAAAGAGCACAGUCUUUGAAUGAUCAAAGAUUUAAUAAAUUUAUAGAGAAA